UUUCUGUGGGUAGGGAAACAUUCACGUCAAAUCAAGGCUAAACACAAAAUAAUUGUACGUCACAUAACAAAAAAAAAAUAUUCCUCUUUACUCAAUCAAAAUAAUUAUUUAUUGUUUUUAGUCGUUUUAGUCAAGUUUUAAAUAAAGGAAGCGAAAUGUCCGCAGGACCAUAUAAUUAUUCUUAUAUUUUUAAAUAUAUCAUCAUAGGGGAUAUGGGGGUUGGAAAAUCUUGCCUGUUACACCAAUUCACGGAAAAAAAAUUUAUGGCAGAUUGCCCACACACAAUUGGUGUAGAAUUUGGUACGAGAAUAAUUGAAGUAUCUGGACAAAAAAUUAAAUUGCAAAUCUGGGACACUGCUGGUCAGGAACGUUUCAGAGCUGUAACACGAUCAUAUUAUCGUGGUGCAGCUGGUGCUUUGAUGGUAUAUGAUAUCACACGUCGUUCUACUUACAAUCAUUUAAGUAGUUGGUUAACUGAUACUAGAAAUUUAACAAAUCCAAGUACAGUAAUAUUUUUAAUUGGUAACAAAUGUGAUUUGGAGGGACAACGUGAUGUUACAUAUGAGGAGGCAAAAAAAUUCGCUGAUGAAAAUGGAUUAAUGUUUGUCGAAGCUAGUGCUAAAACGGGUCAUAAUGUCGAAGAAGCAUUUUUGGAAACAGCUAAGAAAAUAUAUCAAAGUAUUCAAGAUGGCCGCUUGGACUUAAAUGCAGCUGAAUCAGGUGUUCAACAUAAGCCGUCUCAACCAGGUCGUAACACAGUCCUGAAUGACCAACAAACCAACAAAGAUAACUGUGCCUGUUAACUAUAACAUUAUAGGAAAUCAAACACUCACAGCUAUGAAAACAAAAAUAUAACGUUGGGAAGAAAACAUUUAAGAUCAUUCAUAUACAGGGAUAGAUAUUUACAGUUCUUAGGACUGUAUUUUCAUUCCCUUAUAUUGCAGUUAAAUUAAUGAUCAUUUAUCCAUAAUAUACAUAUGUGUUUCAUUUCAAGAAAAAUGGCUAAACAUUCCACUAAAUGUUGUUUUCUUUUUCGUUCAUUGCAAAUUUUCUUAGAAAAUUUUAUUUUAAAGAAAUGCAUCCAAAUUAUAUUAGUCUUUUGUUUUUGGUGAUUGUUCGAUGGGUAAAUGGUCAUUUUUCAUAUUCUAGUUUUUUUUUCGAUACGUUUAUUAUUUUUCUUUGAUGAUAAGAAAAUAUGUAGAGAAAAAUGCGACAAGUUUCUUCUCUUAAUAUAUUUAAAAAUAUAUAAAUAUUUUUUAUUGACAAAUAUGUUUUUAAUUUCUAAAAAAAAUUUUGUUAUAUAAAGUAUUAGAAAAGGUUAAUUUAGCCUUUUUCACAUUUUUAUUAAAGUGUAAAAUUCGCUAGAGAUUGGACCAAGUGAACCACUACAUAUAGCUAAUAUUUAAAUUAUUAUUUUAAUUCAUUCCUUGCACUACUUUCUCCAUAACUGACAACCAGCAAAAUUUGUAUAAUUCAAUCUAUCUAUGCACGGAGCGAAUAAAAAGUUAAAAUUCAUAAAGAUUUUCAUUAAAUUAAUACCAAAUAAUUAUUUUUUGAAAUUUUUAAUUGUUUAAAAUAAUUAAUACAUGUCAUAUUUAGUUAUUUGUGGUAGUACAUCUUGUGCACCUCUCGUGAAUUUUAUAUCUAGCUGAAAAUAUGAAGAAGGGGCUAACUGAUUGUUCAGUGCUAAAAUAUUAUAAAUUAUUUAAAAGAUUUCACAAACUACUUUGAGUUCAUUAUAUAUUUUGCAACGCUGAUGUUUCCUAUAGACUUUUUUUCGUUUUAUCAACAAUUAGUGUAAUAAUUAAUA